UAUCUUUUUCUUAGCGGCACCGUACUGUCUCAGGGGAUAGCGGUCCCUUGAGCCCCAGUGGCCGGAGCUUUUAGGGUGUUAAACGCGGUGGCCUGUGAUGGGAUUGGGGAUGAGAUUUGGCCCCAGGACAAGCAAGUUGUGGAUUUAUUAGCAAGAAUCCUGGAAUCUCUCUCCAACCUGUCGCCUUCCCUACUGUUCCCCUCCACCGUGAAGGAUGAACAGGAUGUAAAAAGGUUGGAGGAUAUUCCGGGGAUGAUGCCCGAGUUUAAAGCACCAAAGGUGUGAGACAGUGCGGGGUUGGAGUGGAAGGCUUGGGAAAAUGAGUACUCGGAAGAAAGGCUGGUUUGGUGGGUUGUGGCCAGAUUGCAGGAAACAAUGAGUGAAGAACGAAUGUCAUCAUGUCUGGAAUCAAGCGAACUGUUAAAGAAACUGAUCCCGAUUAUGAGGAUGUAUCUGUGGCCCUUCCAAAUAAGCGGCAUAAAGCAAUUGAGAAUUCAGCUCGAGAUGCUGCUGUGCAGAAGAUUGAGACUAUUAUCAAGGAACAGUUUGCACUUGAAAUGAAGAAUAAGGAACAUGAAAUUGAGGUCAUUGACCAGCGACUGAUUGAGGCAAGAAGGAUGAUGGAUAAACUUCGUGCCUGCAUUGUUGCAAACUACUAUGCUUCUGCAGGGCUUCUGAAAGUUUCUGAGGGAUCAAAGACAUGUGAUACAAUGGUUUUUAAUCAUCCUGCUAUCAAGAAAUUUUUGGAAUCACCAUCUAGGUCAUCAUCUCCUGCCAAUCAGAGAUCAGAAACACCAUCAGCCAAUCAUUCAGAAAGUGAUUCUUUAUCUCAACACAAUGACUUCUUAUCUGACAAAGACACUAACAGCAAUAUGGACGUCGAAGAAAGACUCUCAAACAACACGGAGCAAAGACCAAGCCGAAAUACUGGAAGGGAUACAUCUAGUAUCACUGGUUCCCAUAAAACAGAGCAACGGAAUGCUGAUCUUGCAGUAGAUGAGACUUCACGACUUUUUGUAAAGAAAACAAUAGUAGUGGGCAAUGUGUCUAAGUAUAUACCUCCUGAUAAGAGAGAAGAAAAUGACCAGUCGACUCACAAGUGGAUGGUAUAUGUCCGAGGGUCUCGCAGAGAACCCAGCAUUAAUCAUUUUGUCAAGAAAGUUUGGUUCUUUCUUCAUCCCAGCUAUAAACCAAAUGACCUUGUGGAAGUUAGAGAACCUCCUUUUCACUUGACCAGGAGAGGCUGGGGUGAGUUUCCUGUCAGAGUUCAAGUUCACUUUAAGGACAGCCAGAACAAGCGGAUAGAUAUCAUACAUAAUCUGAAGCUGGACAGAACUUACACUGGCUUACAGACUCUUGGAGCAGAGACGGUGGUGGAUGUUGAGCUCCACCGGCAUUCUCUUGGAGAAGACUCUGCUUACCCUCGGUCAUCCGAGUCAGACAUCUCAGAUGCCCCACCGUCUUUGCCUUUGACCAUUCCAGCCCCUGUGAAGGCUUCCUCACCGAUAAAACCAUCACACGACCCAGUACCUGAUAGCUCCGUCGAGAAAGAAGGAUUCCCAGCCAGUACUGAAGCUGAGAGACACACGACAUUUUAUUCUUUGCCAUCUUCAGUGGAACGAACACCCACCAAAAUGACAACAUCCCAGAAGGUUACCUUUUGUUCUCAUGGCAAUUCAGCUUUUCAGCCAAUAGCAUCAAGUUGCAAAAUUGUGCCGCAAAGUCAAGUUCCUAAUCCUGAGUCACCUGGAAAGUCCUUCCAGCCUAUCACCAUGAGCUGCAAGAUUGUCUCAGGUUCCCCUAUAUCAACCCCAAGUCCAUCGCCAUUGCCUCGAACCCCAACUUCCACUCCAGUCCAUGUGAAGCAAGGCACUACCAGUUCUGUUAUUAAUAAUCCUUAUGUUAUCGUGGACAAGCCAGGGCAGGUUAUUGGAGCCACCACUCCUACUGCAGGAAGUCCUACCAGCAAGCUCUCAACUGCCUCUCAGGCUUCCCAAGGAACAGGUUCCCCGAUUCCUAAAAUUCAUGGAAGUAGUUUUGUGACAUCUACUGUCAAGCAGGAGGACUCUUUGUUCGCAUCUAUGCCACCUCUUUGCCCAAUUGGGAGUCACCCAAAAGUUCAAAGCCCCAAACCUAUAACUGGAGGCCUUGGAGCUUUCACAAAAGUAAUCAUCAAACAGGAACCUGGUGAAGCCUCUCAUAUACCCACAACAGGAGCUGCUAGCCAGUCACCACUCCCUCAGUAUGUGACUGUGAAAGGGGGUCACAUGAUAGCUGUGUCCCCUCAGAAACAGGUCCUAACUGCUGGAGAAGGAACUGCCCAGUCACCAAAGAUUCAGCCCUCCAAGGUUGUUGGGGUGCCAGUUGGGUCUACUCUACCUUCAACAGUGAAGCAGGCUGUGGCAAUCAGUGGUGGCCAGAUCCUGGUAGCUAAGGCGAGCUCAUCUGUCACCAAAGCAGUUGGUCCAAAGCAAGUUGUGACCCAAGGAGUUGCCAAGGCAAUCGUGAGCGGAGGUGGAGGAACCAUUGUCGCCCAGCCGGUGCAAGCCUUAACCAAGGCUCAGGUCACAGCUGCUGGCCCUCAGAAAAGUGGAUCCCAGGGUUCAGUAAUGGCAACGCUGCAGCUACCAGCCACUAAUUUGGCCAACUUGGCAAAUUUGCCGCCUGGCACUAAACUCUACCUUACCACGAACAGCAAGAACCCUUCAGGAAAAGGCAAACUGCUGCUGAUCCCUCAAGGAGCCAUCCUGCGGGCUACCAACAAUGCUAACCUCCAGUCUGGCUCAGCUGGUGGUGGUGGUGGUGGUGGUGGUGGCGGUGGUGGCGGCGGUGGUGGUGGCGGUAGUGGCGGCGGCAGCAGCGGUGGUGGAGGUGGAGGUGGAGGUAGUAGCAACACUGGAGGAGGAGGAACAGCAGCCCAAAGCCCCGCGGGCCCUGGAGGGAUAUCCCAGCACCUGACGUACACGUCUUACAUCCUCAAGCAAACCCCCCAGGGCACAUUUUUAGUUGGCCAGCCGUCACCGCAGACAUCUGGAAAACAGCUGACUACGGGGUCAGUGGUCCAAGGAACACUGGGAGUCAGCACAUCUUCUGCACAAGGACAGCAAACGUUAAAAGUUAUCUCUGGACAAAAAACCACUUUGUUUACCCAGGCAGCCCCUGGGGGACAGGCAUCUCUAAUGAAAAUAUCUGAUAGCACAUUGAAGUCUGUGCCAGCCACCUCACAGCUCUCAAAGCCUGGAACCACAAUGCUGAGAGUAGCAGGAGGGGUUAUCACAACUGCCACUUCCCCAGCUGUAGCCCUCUCAGCAAAUGGUCCUGCACAACAGCAGUCAGAAGGAGCAGCUCCCAGUUCGUCAUCUACUAUGGGUGCUGUAAUGAAAACUUCUGGGCAACAACAAGUGUGUGUGAGCCAGGCUGCCAUGGGAACCUGCAAGGCUGCUGCCCCCUCCGUCAUCAGCGCCACAUCCCUGGUGUCCACACCCAACCCCAUCUCUGGAAAGGCCACAGUGUCAGGAUUGUUAAAGAUUCACUCCAGUCAGUCCAAUCCCCAGCAGGCUGUCCUGACGAUCCCCAGCCAGCUCAAACCACUCAGUGUAAACACAUCUGGAGGUGUGCAGACUAUACUGAUGCCUGUGAAUAAAGUGGUUCAAUCAUUUUCUGCCAGCAAAUCACCUGCCAUUGUGCCCGCAGCCACCCCAGCUCCAGUUGUCCCCAGCUCUGCUCCAGCCACUGUUACAAAAGUGAAGACUGAACCAGAAACGCCUGGGCCAAGCUGCCUCUCUCAGGAUGGUCAGACAGCAGUGAAAACAGAAGAAAGUUCUGAGCUGGGAAGCUAUGUCAUUAAGAUAGACCAUUUAGAGACUGUCCAGCAGCUCUUAACUGCAAUAGUAAAGAAGAUCCCAUUAAUCACUGCAAAAAGUGAAGAUGCCAGCUGCUUUUCUGCAAAAUCUGUGGAACAGUAUUAUGGCUGGAACAUUGGGAAGAGGAGAGCUGCUGAGUGGCAAAGAGCAAUGACAAUGCGAAAAGUCUUACAAGAAAUACUGGAAAAGAAUCCACGGUUUCACCACCUGACUCCCCUUAAAACCAAGCACAUUGCUCACUGGUGUCGCUGCCACGGCUACACCCCACCUGACCCUGAGAGCCUGAGGAGUGAAGGGGAUUCAAUUGAGGAUGUGCUGACCCAGAUCGACAGUGAGCCAGAGUGCCCAUCAUCAUUCUCCUCUGCUGACAACCUCUGCCGGAAACUGGAAGACCUGCAGCAGUUUCAGAAGAGCGAGCCGGAGAAUGAGGAGGAAGUGGACAUCCUCAGCCUCUCGGAGCCACUAAAGAUAAACAUCAAAAAGGAACAGGAAGAGAAACAGGAAGAAAUGAAAUUCUACCUGCCACCAACGCCAGGCUCUGAAUUUAUUGGUGACAUCACACAGAAGAUUGGAAUCACCUUGCAGCCUGUGGCACUUCACAGGAAUGUGUAUGCGUCGGUGGUGGAGGACAUGAUUUUAAAGGCGACGGAGCAGCUGGUCAGUGACAUCCUGAGACAGGCUUUGGCGGUUGGAUACCAGGCAGCAUCUCACAACAGGAUUCCCAAAGAAAUUACAGUGAGUAAUAUUCACCAGGCCAUUUGUAACAUUCCUUUUCUGGACUUCCUCACAAAUAAACAUAUGGGGAUUCUGAAUGAAGAUCAAUGAAUGGAACGAAGAAGGCCCUAGGAAAGCAGGAUUCAAAGCCUCGAACUGUGAUGACUCUUCUGUUUGGGAGAGCAGGUCAUUCUCUGUGCGUCAGAAUAUCAUGGCCACCAAGCUGUUGGCUCCACCUAACACCACCAGAGCGUCAGUCCCAGGUCAGAUCCCUUUAGGACAGAAGUCUGUUUCCUGAUUGCAGCGUGAAGACGAGAGUGGGUGCAUGCUCUGGCAGCUGGCUUUUGUUCACCGUGCACACUCCGUCAGUCUCAGAGUGGGGCAGGCCAUGUAUACCAGGCCCUUCUCUCCUCUGGGUGUUUUCCAAGGGACAACCUUGGGCCCGAGACUCCUUGCAUGAGAUGGAAAAGGGGUCUAGCAAGCUAGAGAUUCCACCCAUCCUGUGGGCUGGGGUUAUAGGCAGCUGGUAACAUCUGGAAGGAGGGUCAGGCUUCACACUCAGCAGUGGCCGUGGUGAGGAGAAUCCACACUCAGCCCUCGGGAGUCGGCUCAGGAAGUGGUGAGGCUGUGUGGAGAACACCCAGGCCUCGGAGGCUGAAGCUGGGCAGAAUUUCCUGGAGCACAAGAGAAUUACUGCACCCAGCCUCAGAGCACUGUCAAGGGAUGGGCAGAACCCAGCACAGGUCAGGAAGAGUUUUGACUACAACCAGGAAAGGUCUUACUUUGUUAGUAGUAGACACACCCACCAAUCCCAGACACUCUGCAGACGUACACAAGCCUCGAGUGCUGCCGGGCGGAGAGCUGGUUUCACACCAUUUGCACCGUCUGCCGGAGCUUCCGCAGCCAAAUCUGUGUGGAGAGGCCAGUGGGGAGCAGCCCAUCAGUCAUUUUGGUGUCCUCCUCUUCUUUGUCAAGGAGUCUUUCCCAAGAAGUGUUUCAGACAAACCCUUUGAGUGCCUUAAAGGUAGAGAAAUGACUGCUGAAGCUGACAGGGAUGUCAGUGCUGGGAAGCAGAACGAAUUGUGUCAGAAGCAGAGCCCCUCUCAGGAAGCAGGCAUGGACAGAAGAAGGAAGGUUAGCAGCGCCCUGUGUGAUGUCCAGUUUCAUUAAAGAACCUCUGCCCCAAUCUUUCUGACAGUCUGUGUGGAAGUUAAGAAUUUAUUCUCAGUUAGGAAUCUGCUCCAAGAGAAUUUGAAACCCUAUGAGUCAGAGUCAGAGAAACUUACCCAAGCAGGAUAAUCCGUGUUUUCAUGAAUCCUCUAGAUGUUUGAGUCGGGAAAAGGCAGGGAGGCAGUGACCAGAAGCCUGUCCUUUUUAUGCAGCAUCUGAGGAGGGCAGGUGCAGGAGGAUCUGUCUGUUCAGUAAGGGAGAGGGAGGGCCCUGGCUUAGUAAUAAAAUAGUGUUGCUAAAAAGGCUCAGAUCUUCUAUAUAUCAAUACUCCAGACAAGGUUAAUGGAUAAGUGUAAAAAUUCAUUCAGCAGUGGACUGUGACUCGGAUCUGCAGGAUGGAAGAUUUGAUCCAUAUUACAGAUUGUUAUUUCAGAUAUGAAUAACCCCAAGAAAUUAUCUUUUUGCAAAAAAAAAAAAAUAGUAAGUAUAAUAGUCCCCAUAUAUGUCAAUGUUUGCAAUGUAUUUGUAUCAUAAUGUGUAACAUAAUUGUGGAACAAAAAUACCUACAAUAAAUCUUUGACUAUU